CUCGGGCCGCCGCCGCCGCCGCCGCCGCCGCCGCCGCCACAGCGUCUGCCGCCGGUACGCGCCGCUGACGCGCGGAGAUGAAAUUCCCGGGCUCCGUGCUGGCGUCCGUGUUCCUGUUCGUGGCCGAGACGACGGCGGCGCUGUACCUGAGCAGCACCUACCGCUCGGGCGGGGAUGGCAUGUGGCAGGCGCUGACGCUGCUUUUCUCGCUGCUGCCCUGCGCGCUAGUGCAGCUCACGCUCCUCUUCGUGCACCGGGACUUCAGCCGCGACCGCCCGCUCGUGCUGCUGCUGCACCUGCUGCAACUCGGGCCGCUCUUCAGGUGUUUUGAAGUCUUCUGCAUCUAUUGUCAAUCAGGCCACAUCGAAGAGCCUUAUGUCAGCAUCACCAAGAAGCGACAGAUACCAAAAAAUGGCUUUUCAGAAGAAAUUGAGAAGGAAGUGGGCCAGGCAGAAGGCAAGCUGUUCACGCACAGGUCUGCGUUCAGUCGGGCAUCGGUGAUCCAGGCCUUCCUGGGCUCAGCUCCUCAGCUGACUCUGCAGCUGUAUAUAAGCACCUUGCAGCAGGAUGUUACUGUCGGAAGAUGUCUCUUCAUGGUCCUAUCCCUGUUGUCCAUUGUGUAUGGAGCCUUGCGCUGCAACAUCCUAGCCAUCAAGAUCAAGUACGAUGAAUAUGAUGUCAAAGUGAAGCCCCUGGCUUACGUCUGUAUCUUCCUCUGGAGGAGCUUUGAGAUUGCCACUCGAGUCAUUGUCCUGGUCCUCUUUACCUCUGUCCUGAAGGCCUGGGUGGUGAUGGUUGUACUUGUCAACUUCUUCAGCUUCUUCUUAUAUCCCUGGAUCCUCUUCUGGUGCAGUGGCUCCCCAUUCCCCGAGAACAUUGAGAAGGCCCUCAGUCGGGUGGGCACAACCAUCGUGCUGUGCUUCCUCACCUUACUGUAUGCCGGGAUCAAUAUGUUUUGCUGGUCUGCCGUGCAGCUGAAACUCAACAACCCUGACCUCAUCAGCAAGUCCCAGAACUGGUACCGGCUGCUCGCGUACUACAUGCUGAGAUUCAUUGAGAAUGCCGUCCUCCUCCUCAUGUGGUAUCUUUACAAGACCGACAUCUAUAUGUACGUGUGUGCACCUCUGCUGAUUCUGCAGUUGCUCAUUGGCUACUGCACAGCCAUCCUCUUUAUGCUUGUGUUCUAUCAGUUCUUCCACCCUUGCAAAAAGCUUUUUUCUUCCAGUGUUUCUGAAGGCUUUCGACAGUGGCUAAAGUGUGUCUGCUGUAACUGUAGGCAGCAGAAAGCCCAUGAGUCUGUAGGAAAAACAGAUCUCAGGUCAACAGGAGACAGAGAUGAGACACCUUCCAGCAGUAAAAUAAGUUCUGUGCCCAGCCAGAUUCUGAAUGCUGAUGAGCUCUGCUCUGCUUAAUAGGACCGGAGUCUCUCGGGGCUCACACAUACUGGUUCUUGGGUUGAUCCUUGUACUUCAUACAAGAGAUGGGCCCCACACAGUUAGCAAAGAGGGAAGUUAGCUCUCAACUCCCUGUGAGUUGCUCCACUUUAGAGAGCUCUUGGGCAUGUGGGAACUAUGGAGAGAAGCCAGGGAAACCCCUGAGCACUGGAGGGGCAGCUUGUUCUCCCAGGCAUUACCAGCCUUUUCAUUGACAAGGUCCCCAUGCUAUCUGAGUUGGGCUGGUUGGAUCCAUCAGAUAGAAUGAGGACAGGAGAUUUCUUGUUUUCUGAGGUUUUUUCUUUUAACUGCUGGCAUAGGUGGCCUUUCAUUUUUUUUUUUUUCCUCUGAGCAUAGCUUUCAUCAAAGAGCUGUUCUCAUGACCAGAGAAGGUUACUAGGGUUUUGUCAUCAGCAGUAUCAUUCCUGUCAGAGUGUCCAGAGAGGGCUGUUCAUGUCACUUUUUGAAUAGACAGAUGUUCCAUUUUUUCUCAUUAGGGCUCUUUGUACAUAACCACCUGUAGCCACCUUGGCCUGCAAUCUCUGAUUGAUUCAGAAGUCUAGAUUUUGGAGACUUUAUUCCCAAGGAUCCACAGAUGCAAAAUUGUAUUCUGAAUUUGGCUUUAAGCCCUAGAAUUUUAGGAAAGUUGUAUUCCUUCAAUGUGUUCAAGAAAUUCUGGAUUAAGAGGGUUGUUAAAACAUCAAAAUGAUGUAGACUUUUAUAAGCAGAAAUCUUACUUUCUCGGGAUGAUCAAAAAUAAAUGAAUCUGCUGGAAGAUAGGUUUAAACCUCUGCAAGGUUCUGUCCCAUCCUACAGUUCUGGGAAAUUUUUAGUUGAAUUUUCUAGGAUUUUCUUCCUUAACAAAGAAGAAAAAUAAACUCACAGUCUUCUCUUCCCCUCUUCCUCCUUGCCUGUCAGAAAAAUUUGAGAUAAGGGUUAUAUUGAUUAACUUAAGUUUUUCUAGAAAACUCCACAGAACACUCUUGCCAGGUGUAACUAUAUGGGGCAUUUUAAUUGUCAUUAUUUGAAGGAAAAGGGUCUCCUCUCCCAAGUUAGAUACUGACUUCAGAAACUUUUAUUUUUUUAUUUUUUUCAGAAACUUUUAAAUAUAGAAAUAGAUGAAAUGGUCAGAGGAUUUUUAGUCUUUUUUUUUUUGGAUUUUUAAUCUUUAACUGAAUGUAUUUUGAUUUGGCAUAAUUAUAAGUUAUUUGAAUGAGAUCUGAAGUUUUAUGCUCCUAUACUCUCCUGUCUCCAGUAUAAUUUCUCCUUUAAUCUGGAACCAUAUUUGUUUCAUAUAAAGAUUGUGUAGCAUAUCCUCAGUUGUCUUGGGAAAAUGCCUCAAUGUAGUGCCAUUAUGCCUACCCUAAAAACCUUGAUAAUGAAAUAUUUGGAAACUGAUGACCUGUCAUUGACUAGGCUAGGACAUUGCAGUUCAGUCAGGGUUGAUGAUCUAAAGACCCGUAAUGGCUUAACUUUCUGACCUAUCCAGUUUCUAAUAGGCAGUCUGUCACGAGACAGGUUAAAAAUGGUGAGUUUGAGCAGGAAUUGUGGUUAGAAUUAGACAGGAAGGAGGGUCAGAUGUUUCCAACCUUGACUUGGAAGCGUGUCUCAAGAAUUAUUACAAAAUCUGAGCCUUCAAAUGCAUUUUAAGUCAUUUUAACAUAAAGGAUAGCUAAACAUCUUAAAUGACCCCAAACCAAACUAACAGUGAUGGUCUGUCAGGCUCCCAUAACCCAAUUAUAAGCCACAUUUAUAAGGACAAAGAGGUUUGGUAACCCUUAAUAUACAGCUAUCCCUGCUGUGAGGCCAUGUGUAUCCAUUCACUUUGGGGGAGAAAAAACACUGUUUUUUUCUGUAUUGUAAAAAUCUAAGUCAUGGUGAACUGAGAAUUUUUGUUUUAAAAUUUAUAUUAUACCUCUGAAAUGGUAAAAUUAUAGUUCAGACUGCAGAGCUAGGUUGCCCUAAAGACAAACAAGUAAAUUCCCUCAUGUGUUGAGAACUAAAAUGUUUUUCAUUUUAAUUCCAAUUUUUAAAACUCUCAGUGCUUCGUUUAAUUAAUUGCAUGCCAUAACUUGUCAUGACAGCUGCUCCAACUGAAUCACUAUCAUUUGGCUGAAUGGAGGUGAAGUAUUUCAUCAAAAUACAUUGAAAUAAGAUCAAUCACAUUUAGGCUUUGUCUCUUCAUUACUGGAGGCAGUGCAACGUAGAGAUCGGCACCUCCCUGUGUAGCUCUGCAAGUUACUUAGUGGCUGUAUGCCUCAGUUUCUUCACCCACCAAAUCUGGAUGAUAUACUUGCCUGGCCUACCUCACAAGGUUGUUGGAAAGAUCAAAUUAAAUAAUAGAUGUGAAAAUGCUGUGAAAAUAUGUUAAAGUGCCAUACAUAUUUAAGGAGUUGAUACAGUUAUUCAAGUCCAUAAACAGGUUAUUAUUAUGCUUUUACUGUUAGAAAAGAAACUAGCAGUAUCAUCCACAUGAGUGUCUUGAAUGAAUACGUUGGCCUUUGACCUCAUGGAAGGGCAAGUGUAAAUGGUCUUUAUUCUUGGAGAGAUUGCAGCAGUUGCCCUCUCUCUUGCUGUGGGUUGCUUACAAAAAUUAGCACCCAAAUACAUGAUACUUGGAGGAAGACAACCCACUGAAAUCUGAGAAACUGCCUCCAAUGAUCAUGAGCUGAUCAUUUGUGCAUCUUUCAUCUUUCAUGAAGGACAUAGUAGCUAGUGUCUUUUGACAGUUGUGCUUUACAAGCUGAAUGCCUGGUCUUGUUAGACUUUAAUUGAAUGCGAGUCUAAUCUUUUCAGCCUUGUAAAUGGGAAAAUAAACAUUAAAAAUGUCAAAUACAGCAUUUCCUUGGAAACCACCUUAGAACAUUAGUGCUGUGGUUAUGAGUGUUAUGUGUUAGUACUUCUCAGUCAAUAAACUGUGGAUGUGAGCUUUUGCAGGCUGCUUCUGUGCAGCCAGUGACUAUAACAAAUAUUGUUUAUGUUUCUUCAUAUAAUAAAUUAAUUUUUCAAUUUC